AAAAGAAAGCUGUUACUCGCGAAAUCAAGCAGUGAAAAGCUUCCAGCGCUUCUAACUUUUCAAUAAUCUUCCACAGCUGUGACUAGACUAGGGGAAUUAUCAGGAGAAUACCAUUAUCGACCAAAGACGACGCCCUAUAAGAUGCUGCUCUAUCUAUUUUCACGAAUAUUUAGUUCAAUCUUAACAUACCUUUACCCCGCCUACAUAUCCUACAAAUUGCUUUCAACUCGACCAACACCUCUUCCUCUGCUUGAACGUGCUCUCAAAUACUGGUGUGUCCUUGGGACUUUCACCUUCUUCGAAUAUUCCGGAGCAGAACUCCUCAUUUCCUGGCUGCCAUUAUACGGCCUUCUCAAACUCAUCGUGCUAUCCUACCUUGUCCUUCCGCAAACGGAUGGCUCUACGCACGUCUAUGACCAGUUGCUUGCUCCUUAUUUUUCGUCGCACGAGACAGAAGUUGAUGGAGCAUUAGAGGAGCUGCGCAAGCGGGUAUACGAGUUUAUUCAGACCAAGCUGAGAGAUGUUUGGGAGCUUCUACUAAAUUCAACUGCUCUAGGCCAAGCAUUCCCUUCUGCCGCAACCCCAGCUGCACAAGCCCAGCCUUCUGCUCAACCUCCUACACUGGCCGACCCAAUAUCAGGUCCGGCGCAGUUAGCUGCUGGGUUCUGGCGCACAUAUGGACCGAAUGUAUUAGCAGUUGGCGCUUCGAUGUACAGACAACUCGCACCUGCGAAUGCACCCGGUCAGGCUCCUCAGCCUAUGGGAUACGAUGUCGGUCCCGAAGAUCGACCAGUUUCUUCCCGGAUGUCGACAACUCAAUCGAUUAUCGAAAGACGGAGGCAACUUGAAGCUGAAUUGGCCGCUCUAAAUGCCGGCGAAGCCUCCGCUGCUGGUGCUUCUCCUCCUCCAUUUCCCAUACCACAAAUACCCGGCAUGCAAAUGCAAUCGAUGCUUGGCCCAUCGACUUCCUCGACCCCAUCUGCUGUUUCGUCUGCAUCGAGCUCACCGACUGGUCGUACACCUGGCCUGCGAGAACGUACGACGUCGAAUGUAGGACCUGGCGGAAGGUUUGAAGAGAUCAAUUCAAAUGAUCUCGAUGAAGAAGAUGAGUCUGGGGUUGGACAUGAGUACGGUCCAAGGCCCGGAUUGCCCAGUACUAGUCGGCCUAGCUGGUUCGGUUGGGGAGGCGGAGGCGGAUCUGGAGGUUACGAACGGGUCAAAAGUGAUUGAGAACCAGUGUCGACGUUAAUAAUAUCCAAAUACUGCUUGAGUAUAAAGUUUUGAUUACGUUCACAUCUGUGAGCCGA